GAGACGUUCGACGAACAGCUUAUUAUCAAGAUCUGUGAUCUUUCGCGACCGCUCAAGAUACCCAACAAAACUCGAUCCUGAACUGGAGUUAGGAUCUAACCGACAGAAGUAAGAAAUUUUGAGAGACACAACAAAAUCAGACAAGAUGGCAGCUACUAUCAGUCGUGCUUUCACCAAACGCAACAAGCGACCUGAAAUCUCAACGCCCGUACCGUAUCGUGAAGGCCUCGUCAGGUAUUCGCCGGGGACCAUCCAUCGUGGCAAGAUCUCGGGUCCCGUGGAACUCCUAUCGGCAACCAACCCGCUGGUAUACAACGCCCCUGAUCUUGCCUCAGCCGUUUCGUCAUCUUCAUCAGCCUCGUCGUUUCGAUCUUCUGAUGAAAGCGAUGUAGCGCCUAUUUCUCCCAUGACGCCAGUAUCGGCUGAACCUGAUGUCGCUAUGGAACCAAACCAUUUGUCUGGAUACUUCCCCAAGCGAUCAGCGACCAUCACCAGUACACCUCGCUCUUCGACUUCCUCUGCGGGCGCAGAUGCGCCCAGUGUGCCGAAGCGCGCACUUUCGCACACAAAGAAAUCGCAUCAAGAUCUGGCACGGAAGCGUUCUAUAUCUCGCAUGUCCCCGCCUCCGUCGUCGAUGGCAACAACCACGACGACCAUCCGUCGCAGUCAAGAACAGACGUUUGCGCCUGUGCCCGAAUACGCCGAGCACCCAUUCAGUCGCGAACUCGACAAGGUGAAUGAAGUAGCCGAAGACUUUGGUGCAUUGAAACUUUUGGAAGAGGAGGAACAGAUCCUUAUCAACAAGGGUUUGAAGAAGUUUUCGCUGAACGACUAUCUCAGCGAGAUCGAAGAGCUUUACGGUGGUGUGUUUGAUGAUAAUGUUGGUCCAUUGGCAACUCAUGCAUGGGUUUAAGUUCAACCAUGUUUGCUUUAAUUCCACACGCCAUGAUCCAUACUCCAUGACUAUGAUAUCCACCAGCAAACAUCUGCGAUAAGAAAGAAAUUGUCUGUGUUUUGUUUUUUUGCAGUGAAAUGAUUUUCACGUUACGAUCUUUCUCGGUUUCUCUCUGUGGGGUUUACACUGGCCACGGGGUUUAGGUUUUUGUUUUGUUUUCGAUUUUCAACCUUCGCCAUCGAGCGGGGGUUGCUUUAAGCUCUGAGGAGCAACCUUCAUGCACAUAUUUCACAAUUUUGUCUCCGUUUUUGUUUCUGUUAUAUUCCCCGUCCUCGAACCUGUCAUACUUGUGACACCAAGCAAUGCACAAACUGUAUGAUGUACUGAAUGCAAUGCACAUAUUUCUACAACUA